AAAAGAGAACCCUCACUCUCUCUCUCUCUCUCCUCUCUCUCAUCAGUCUACUUUGCUUUGUGCUCUCUGUUUUCUCUGUUCGAACAGGCGUGGCCUCUGGUUUUCAUUACUCUCUCUCUUUCCCUCUCUCUCUCUCACUCUCUCUCUCUCUAAGCCAUCAAAAACCCAUCAAAGCCCAUGCCUUCUUUUCUUUGUUUCUUUCUUCUUUAGCCUCACACACACAGACACAGUGAUGAGAGAACAAAAGCAGAGCAAAGUUAGAGUCUCUGUCUUCAAAAUGUCCUUCCCAUAAUCAUCUUUGGCCUUACCAUAUUCUAUUUCUCUCUCUCUCUCUCUCUCUCUCUCUAUUUACAGCAGACAAAACAGAGAGACCUCCAUAAUUGAAUAUCAUUGAAAACCCAGUACAACUGUUUCCCAAUUUCGUACUUGUACCAGUAUAAAACCAGGCAAAAAUGGAGAAGUGGAAUAUCAAAACACUGCAAAAAAACCGAGAAGCUAGAAGCAACCGACACAGUAGAGAAAACCCAUCUUUCUCCUCCACUCUCCUCGACACCAUUUACCGUUCGAUCGACGAACCCAACACCGGUGAAGGAGUUUCAAGAAGAGAAGAGCAACAACACCUUAUCUUCUACAAAGAAACCACGAAGAAAAAACAGAGCACCACCGCUGCUGCUGCUACUACUACUACCAGUGGCCGCCAUGGCCUCUUCAAAGAAGACCGGGAACACGAAAUUAUGAGCCUCCGAAGAGCCUGCUUGAUCGAGAAGUGGAUGGAGAAGAAAGUGACUGAUAAGUCCUUACCUGUUCGACGAAAUUCCAUGGCGGAUUUUGACACGAAAAAGUCGAGCUACAAUCGUAAUGAGUUCCUUUUGAAUUCGAGCUCCAGCUCUUCGGACUCGAGCUGCGGUGGUGGGUUUUCUUCAUCCGAGUCAGAGUCCAUGUACGGAUCAAAAUCGAGGUCAUCGUCGUCAUGCUACAGCAUGCACAGGCCUAAGCCAAUUCGAACCAGCAUUUCAUCCGAGAAGGUUCAAUUUGAGCAGAGAAAUCACCAUAAUUCACAGAAGACAAAAAACGAGAACAGUUUCGUGAAGACGAAAUCGAAAGCGCUGAAGAUUUACGGCGAUUUGAAGAAGGUGAGGCAGCCAAUUUCGCCGGGUGGCCGGCUCGCGAGUUUUCUCAACUCUCUGUUUAAUGCAGGGCAUGUGAAGAAGUCCAAAAUUGAUGGUUUGGGUGUGGAGAGAAAACCAUCAUAUGAUUUGGGUGCGGAGAGAAAAUCAUCCUCAAAAUCUGGACAACAGGGGUAUUCAAACUCGAGCAGCACUUGUUCCUCAGCCUCUUCAUUUUCGAGGUCUUGUCUGCGAAAAACGCCUCUUUCGAGAAGCGAGCUGAGUGGCAUCGGCAGCAACAAUGGAGAUGUCGCAAAAAGGUCAGUGAGGUUCUGCCCUGUGAGUGUGAUUGUGGACGAGGACUGUCGGCCAUGCGGGCAGAAGAAUCUGCAUGAAGCAGAGCCGGGUUUAAUGGCGAAGGAGAAAGCCGCGAAACCUCCAACAAUUGAAGAUAUUAGGUUUGAGUGCUGUGUAAUGGAGGUUGAUGAUGACGACGAACACCGUCGUAGAGUUGAGCAAGUUGCUAGAGAUUACUUGUUGUUGAAGAAUUAUCAGAAGAAGAAUGUUGAAGAAGAUGAAGAUGAUGACGCAGAGAGUUAUGCAAGCUCUGAUCUGUUUGAGUUGGAUACUGCUGGGGUUGAAGAAAGGUACCGUGAAGAAUUGCCUGUGUAUGAGACUACCUUUUUCGACAGAAAUCGAGCCAUUUCUAAUCGUUUGAUUUUGUAAUUUCUAGUAGAAGAAGAAGAAGGAGAAAAAAAAAAAAAGAGUUGGCGAGAAUUUUAUUAGCUAUUUUUUUUUUCUUUUUUUGAGUAAAUGGUUUGGGGGUUUACAUCAGAAAA